AUGGAGCUGGGCUGGGAGAACUCUUACUCGGAGGGCUACGGCCUGAACCAGGGUUAUGGGGACGAGGCGACGGCGCUCACGGGCGAGAACAAGCCGCGCAUCCUGCUCAUGGGACUGCGCAGGAGCGGCAAGUCGAGCAUCCAGCGCGUGGUGUUCCACAAGAUGUCGCCCCACGAGACGCUCUUCCUCGAGGGCACCAACAGCCUCGACAUCAAGUACAUCGCCAACAACUCGUUCGUGCAGUUCCAGAUCUGGGACUUCCCGGGGGACUACGACUUCAAAGAGGACCUGGUGUACGGCGGCCAGCUCGUGAACGAGGAGAUGAUCUUCAGCAACUGCGGAUCCAUCGUUUUCGUCAUUGACGCGCAGGACGAACCCUACGCCGAGGCGCUCGCGCGUCUGCACGACACGGUCACGCGCGCGCACAGGUACAACCCGGACAUUCUGUUCGAGGUGUUCAUCCACAAGGUGGACGGCGACCUCUUCCUGUCGGACGACCACAAGAUCGACUGCCAGCGUGAGAUUCAGCAGCAGAUCAUGGACGAGAUCAACGACGGAGAGCUGGACAUCCACAUGAGCUUCUACCUGACCAGCAUCUACGACCACUCCAUCUUCGAGGCGUUCAGCAAGGUUGUGCAGAAGCUGAUCCCGCAGCUGCCGACGCUUGAGAACCUUCUCAACAUCCUCAUUACGAGCUGCAACAUGGAGAAGUCGUUCCUGUUCGACGUGGUGAGCAAGGUCUACAUUGCGACGGAUAGCAACCCUGUCGACAUGCAGUCGUAUGAGCUGUGCAGCGACAUGAUCGACGUGGUCAUCGACGUGUCCUGCAUUUAUGGAAUGAAAGAUGACGGUGAGGGAGACGGUCUGGCGUAUGACUCCAAGUCAUCGUCGGUGAUCAAGCUCAACAACGGGAUGGUCCUUUACCUUCGCGAAGUCAACAACUAUCUGGCCCUGGUGUGCUUGCUGCGCGCCGAGAACUUUUCGAAGCAGGGAAUCAUUGAUUACAACAUUGACUGCUUCAAGUCCGCUAUCGGUGACGUGUUCAAGGCACCGAAGGCGAUCGAGUAG